AUGGGGAAGGACAAGGUGGAGAAGACGAACUUCCAGCUUAAGGUGCCCAAGGGUACCAAAGACUGGGAGGGCAAGGAUAUGGUAAUCCGCGACAAGAUAUUCUCCACUAUCACCGAAGUCUUCAAGCGCCACGGUGCAGUCACAAUAGACACCCCCGUCUUCGAGCUCAAAGAAAUCCUCGCAGGAAAAUACGGCGAAGACUCGAAGCUGAUCUACGACCUCGCCGACCAAGGCGGUGAGCUCUGCUCCCUCCGCUACGACCUCACCGUCCCCUUCGCCCGAUGGCUCGCCAUGAACUCCUCCGUGCAAUCUAUAAAGCGAUACCACAUCGCCAAGGUGUACCGACGAGACCAACCGGCCAUGACCAAGGGCCGCAUGCGGGAGUUCUACCAGUGCGACUUCGACAUUGCCGGCGUAUACGACCCCAUGCUGCCGGAUGCGGAGAUUCUGCGGAUCACGAGCGAGAUUUUCGAGGCAUUGGGAUGGAAGGGACGGUAUACGAUUAAGAUCAACCACAGGAAGAUAUUAGAUGGCAUAUUUGAGGUGUGCGGCGUGCCGACGGACAAGCUGCGGACAAUAAGCAGCGCAGUGGACAAGCUGGACAAGUCCCCCUGGUCCGAAGUCCGCCGCGAAAUGACCGAAGAAAAAGGUCUCGACCCCGCCGUCGCCGACAAGAUCGGCGAAUUCGUCAAACUAAAAGGCUCUCGUGAUGUCCUUUCCCAGCUCCAAUCCAAUGAAGCCCUCACCGCGAACGCCUCCGCAAAGAAAGGCCUAGACGACAUGGCGCUCCUCUUCAACUACCUCUCCAUCUUCGGCGUUCUCGACAGAAUCUCCCUCGACAUGUCCCUCGCACGCGGACUGGACUAUUACACAGGCGUGAUCUACGAGAUCGUGACCGAGGGCUCUGCGCCGGCCUCAACGGGCAGCACGGAGGGCCAGAAGCUGCAGCGGAGCGCGAAGAAGGACCGGGCGCCGAAAGCGACGUCCGCGGAUCCAGACGAGGACAGGAGCGCCGAUCCCUCUGUCGGCGUCGGCUCCGUGGCCGCGGGCGGCCGCUACGACGAGCUUGUCGCUAUGUUCAGCGGCAAGAGCCAGAUCCCCUGCGUCGGCAUUUCUUUCGGGGUCGAUCGCAUCUUCAGCAUUACGAAAGCGAGAAUGGAAGCCGACAAGAACGCAGCUGCGGUGCGCCUGAACGAGGUGGACGUCUACGUAAUGGCGUUUGGCGGGAAGGGGUUUAAUGGGCUGCUGGAGGAGCGGAUGGAGGUUGCCAAGACGCUGUGGGAUGCCGGCGUCAAGGCGGAAUUCUCGUGGAAAGUCAAGCCGAAGUUGCCCGCGCAAUUCAAGGCGGCGGAGACGGGCGGCGUGCCGUUUGCGGUUAUUUUGGGGGAGGAUGAGCUGGCGCAGGGGAAGGUCAAGAUUAAGGAGAUGGGGCUGCCGGAGGGGCAUCCGGAGAAGGAUGGCGUGAUGGCAGAGAAGAGCAACCUUGUGCAGGAGGUUAGGGAGAGGUUACGGAAGUUCAAAGAGGGCGAGGACGGGACGCAAGAAGGGUCGUCGGAAGUCCCGCCGGAAGUGGCGGAUGUGGAAGAAGUGACGGAGAAGAUGGGGAAGACCAGUACGCAGGAUAGGCCUGAGAUCCCGGGUGAGCCGCCUGUGAUACCUACUGUGACUUGA